AUGCUUAAUAAAGCAUUUGAUGAUUGCAAUAUUGAUAACAAUGAGGGAGAGUCAGGAGAUUUCAUUCAGAAUAUGAUAGAUAGAUCCAAGUUUUUUUUCAUUGACAAUAGAUAGUUUUACUUCGAUGAUUAAGAUCCUAUUUUUAUUGCUAAUGGUCCAGCAGAGCAACAGUAGUUUCUAAUUGGCUAAACGUGCAAUUGCUGCGAUUAAAAAGUAAAAAAUCCCAAAACAGCUUAAUAUUGUGAAUUUUGUGGAGAAAUAUUUUGCAAACAAUGCAUCAUUAAGAGCAGGCCAUAUCCUAUGAACAAUGAGGACUAUAGAAACAGAGGGGAAGUAUGCAAAGUCUGUGACAGAAAAUUCUACAUUUAGAAGAUGGUUUAAUCAUCCCGUGUUAACAUAGACAACAGUAGAUUUUACAUAAAGGAUUUGUAAAAGUAAUUGACAAAAAAAGAGAAUGAAUGCUAGGAGCUUGAUGAGGAAUUUGAUUAAUUUAAUGAGACAAUUAGACUGGAAAAAGAUAGGAUAAAACUACAAAGGAAAAGAGUCAAAAGAGAGAAAAAGACUUUGGAUAAUGAAAUGGUGCAGAUCAACGAAGAUUGUAAUACACUUCGAGAAAAAAAAGAGUCCAUUUCUAUAGAGACUAAAGAAGUGCAAUUACAAUUAAGUUAAAGUGCAAGUGAAAAGACAAGACUUGAAGAUGAAUAGAAAAAAUAUACAAAAAUAGGAAAACAGCCGAGAGGAAAUCAGUCAUAGUAAAAAUAUAACAGAAAUUAUUAAGCAGAUCACUCAAUUAUGAAUUCAAGCAGAGAAGAUCUAAGAAAUACUUAACUUAGGAGUGACAUUAAUCUAUCUUCCACUAUAAUUGCUUCAAAUUCUGUUGUUGAUCCUGAAUACUAGCAAAGCAUGAAAACAGUCGCGCUUCAUAACCUAUCAACAAUGAAUAGCCCUGAGUAUAAUAACAAAUAUUUAAAUGGAAGUGGACUCCUUAGUCAGCGAAAUAGUCUAACUAAAAAGAAGAACUAAAUAAGAAGAGAUAAUCCAGGUUACUGUGGUCCUGGGAACGGUUGCAAAUUAUUUUGA